UGUUUUUUUGCUUCCACGCAGCGUGAGUGUGGCGGUGUCUCUCUCUGAGGUGGCGGGACAGACCUCUGCAACCUCAACUCACUUUUUAAGCCACCCUGAGCCACCACCAAGAACACAAAGUCUAGAUUAUAAAAGACGACAGAUAGGCUGAAAAUAGAGCCUUCAGCUGGAGGAGACCCAAGACUUUUUAAAAGCUGAAUAACUGCUCUUUUUGUGUGAGUGUGUGUGAGUGUGUGUGUGUGAGUGUGUGUGUGUGUGUGUGUGUGUGUGUGUGUGUGUGUGUGACAGUGUGUGAAGGGGAGACUCUCUCUGCACUUUUAGAGGAUGGCAGAGCCCAAAAGGAGAUGAAAAGAGGAGAGCAGCAGAGGUUUGAGCUGCAGAAGCCUUUUGUCCUGAGCUCUGCCUGCACAGUUGGACCGGAGCUGACAAUGAAGAUGAGCACGGAAUGCAGAUGGAUCGGUCAGGACAAGUUUCCAAUAUAGAGCUUCCUGUUUGGAGUUACACCUGAGAGUGACUGUGUCUGAUGGAUUAUGGUGUUUUCUACCAGCUGCUGACAUGAAUCCAGAGGCCAGUGAGAUGCGGAAGCGCUCGCCUUCAGGAGAAAUCUAAGACCUGGAUGAGCCCUCGAGCACGACCACGAGAACAUUUCAGAGAAGGAGACAAACCAUGGACUUGUUAUGGUGUGGCAUCGGACCGACCGUGUGCUUUUAACCCGUUUGUAGCGCCCUCUACCCUCCACCCCAUGUCACACCUUGCCCUGAAUUAUGGAAAUUUUGUGGAAGACGCUGACUUGGACACUGAGCCUGGUGGUGAUGGCUGCUUCUGAAUUUCAAAGCAUCAACAGACUUUCAUACAACUCUCAAGAGGAGUUCCUGUCCUACCUGCAGCACUACCAGCUGACUGUCCCGGUGCGGGUGGAUGAGAGUGGGGAGUUCCUGAGCUACACUGUGAAGCACCACCGGCCGGGCCGACGGAGACGAGGGGCGGUGGACCCCAUAAUGGGACAGCUGCCUCCUGCGUUAGACCCGUACCCCCCAGAGUCCCGGCUGUUCUACAGACUGUCAGCCUACGGAAAGCACUUUCACUUAAACCUGACACUCAACCCCCACCUGGUGUCAAAACAUUUCACAGUGGAGUACUGGGGCAAAGAGGGGCUUGAGUGGCGUCAUAACAUGGUAGAUAACUGUCACUAUGUUGGAUUCUUGCAAAAUCAGCACAGCACGACCCGAGUGGCACUCAGCAACUGUAAGGGCCUGCAUGGUGUUAUAACAACAGAGGAAGAACAGUAUUUGAUAGAGCCAUUAAAGAACAUAUCCUCCACCACCUCCAGUGAAUGGAACCUGGAAGAAGCACAGCAACAUGUUAUUUAUAAAAUGUCUGCCAUUCCCUCACCACAAGAGCAUAGCCAGGAGUUCAGCUGUGGCAUUUCAGACCUCAUAAAAAGCAGUGCACCUUGCCAGUUCAGCACACCUUCCCCUGUCCACUCGUCCCCUGCGCCCCAGAACGACAGCGAGCAGUCGAACAGCACCCACAGACAGAGGCGCUCCGUCAGCACGGAGCGCUUCGUGGAGACGCUGGUGGUGGCGGAUAAAAUGAUGGUCGGUUACCACGGACGCAAAGACAUUGAGCACUACAUCUUGUCUGUGAUGAAUAUUGUUGCCAAACUUUACCGUGAUGCCAGUCUAGGAAAUGUUGUGAACAUUAUUGUGACCCGGCUGAUUGUUCUGACUGAAGAUCAGCCUAACCUGGAGAUCAACCACCACGCCGACAAGUCUCUGGACAGUUUCUGCAAGUGGCAGAAGUCCAUCCUGUCUCAUCACAGCGACGGCAACAGCAUUCCUGAAAACGGGAUGGCUCACCAUGACAACGCCGUCCUAAUCACCCGGUAUGACAUCUGCACCUACAAGAACAAACCCUGCGGUACCUUAGGCUUGGCCUCAGUGGCUGGAAUGUGCGAGCCGGAGAGGAGCUGCAGCAUCAAUGAAGACAUCGGCCUCGGGUCUGCUUUCACCAUUGCGCACGAGAUCGGCCACAAUUUUGGGAUGAACCACGAUGGGAUCGGGAAUUCCUGCGGCACCAAAGGCCACGAGACAGCCAAGCUGAUGGCUGCUCAUAUAACAGCCAACACCAACCCUUUCUCCUGGUCCGCCUGCAGCAAAGACUACAUCACCAGCUUUCUCGACUCAGGUCGGGGGACGUGUCUGGACAAUGAACCUCUGAAACGAGACUUCCUGUACCCAACAGUGGCCCCGGGGCAGGUGUACGAUGCAGACGAGCAGUGUCGCUUCCAGUAUGGAACCUCCUCACGCCAGUGCAAGUAUGGGGAAGUGUGUAGAGAGCUCUGGUGCCUUAGCAAAAGCAACCGCUGUGUAACCAACAGUAUCCCUGCUGCAGAGGGGACUCUGUGCCAGACGGGCAGCAUCGAGAAAGGGUGGUGCUACCAGGGGGAGUGCGUGGCGUUCGGCACCUGGCCUCAGAGCGUGGAUGGAGGCUGGGGGCCCUGGUCGACGUGGGGGGAGUGCAGCAGGACCUGUGGGGGCGGUGUGUCCUCCUCCAUGAGGCACUGUGACAGCCCAGCCCCGUCUGGAGGAGGGAAGUACUGUCUCGGGGAGAGGAAGCGUUACAGAUCUUGUAACACCGACGCCUGCGCUGCAGGAUCUCGUGAUUUCAGAGAGAAGCAGUGCGCCGACUUUGACAGCAUGCCUUUCCGUGGGAAGUACUACAACUGGAAGCCUUACACUGGUGGUGGUGUUAAACCCUGUGCACUGAACUGCCUGGCAGAGGGCUAUAACUUCUACACAGAGCGCUCACCUGCAGUCAUAGAUGGCACCCGGUGUCAGGCUGACUCUCUGGACAUCUGCAUCAAUGGAGAGUGUAAGCAUGUGGGCUGCGAUAACAUCCUGAGCUCUGAUGCUAAAGAAGAUCGCUGCCGUGUGUGUGGAGGGGAUGGCAGCACUUGUGAGGCAACAGAGGGACUCUUCAAUGACUCUCUGCCCCGAGGAGGCUACAUGGAGGUGGUUCAGAUCCCAAAAGGGUCGGUUCACAUUGAGAUCAAAGAAGUUGCCAUGUCGAAGAACUACAUCGCUCUGAAGUCUGAAGUGGAUGAUUAUUACAUCAACGGAGCGUGGACCAUCGACUGGCCCAGGAAGUUUGACAUCGCAGGGACGGCCUUCCACUACAAGAGACCCUCUGAUGAACCAGAGUCUUUGGAGGCGCUGGGAGCUACCACUGAAAACCUAAUUGUCAUGGUCCUGCUUCAGGAACAGAACAUGGGAAUUCGCUACAAGUUCAACGUGCCCAUCCAGCGCACAGGAAGUGGUGACAACGAGGUGGGCUUCUCCUGGCACCACCUGCCUUGGUCUGAAUGCUCAGCUACCUGCGCUGGAGGUUCCCAGAAGCAGGAGUUGGUGUGUAAAAGGCUGGACGACAACUCGGUGGUGCAGAACAGCUACUGUGACCCAGACAGCAAACCUCCAGAGAACCAGAGAGACUGCAACACUGAGCCGUGUCCUCCAGAGUGGUUUAUUGGUGACUGGUCAGAGUGUGGGAAGACGUGUGAUGGCGGGAUGAGGACGAGGACCGUCCUGUGCAUCAGGAAGAUCGGCCCUGCUGAGGAGGAGACACUGGAGGACACCCACUGUCUGACUCACCGCCCAAUCGAACGAGAGUCGUGCAACAACCAGUCCUGCCCGCCAAAGUGGGUCACUCUGGAUUGGUCAGAGUGCACUCCUAAAUGUGGCCCCGGCUUCAAGCACCGCAUCGCUUUGUGUAAGAGCAGCGACCUGACCAAGACCUUCCCGCCCGCCCACUGCCCGAGCCACAACAAACCUCCGGUCCGAAUCCGCUGCAGCUUAGGACGCUGUCCUCCUCCUCGCUGGAUCCCUGGUGAAUGGGGACAGUGUUCGGCCCAGUGUGGCCUGGGCCAGCAGAUGAGGACGGUGCAGUGUCUGUCGUACACCGGGCAGCCGUCUAACGAGUGCGCAGAGUCCCUCCGACCCACCACCAUGCAGCAGUGUGAGAGCAAGUGUGACGCCACCCCCAUCUCCAAUGGCGACGAGUGCAAAGACGUAAACAAAGUGGCCUACUGCCCGCUGGUACUCAAGUUCAAGUUCUGCAGCCGUGCGUACUUCAGACAAAUGUGCUGCAAGACCUGCCAGGGGCACUGACCCUGAUGAGACGCAGCGAGUGAGAGACAGAACGGCAAGAAAGAUGGAGGGAGGCUGACACGGCACUGAAAGGGAGAAAAGAAGAAAACAGGGCAGACUGAAAAAACCCUCUGGACCAGUGGAAGACAGAAGAGGAGAGAUCGGCGCUGGUGAAAGAGGAGGAGAGAAGUAAGGAUUUCCCUGUUUAUCACACCUGAUCCUCCGGCCCUCCAAACCACUGCUCAGCCCGCAACGCUGACACAAACUGUUUUUAAAAUUUCACUUCUGUGAAGUGGAACUUGGAAGAUUAUUCGUUGGUGAUGUUAUUUUUAUUAUAAUAAUAAUUAUUGAUAUCAUUGUUAGUCUUCCUUUGUUGUUUAAUGAAUCCAAAGUGCUGGACACAUCGCUGGCAGAGGAUGUUACCCCCGGAGACGGACAGACAGACAGACGGAGGGGGAGGACUCCUCACUAGAAGCAGAGGGGGAUGGGAGCUGAAAGUGUCGGACUCCUGUCUUUGGGAAGACUGUGAUGGUGCUAUUGGCAGGCAGACUUUCGGCUUCGGUGCACUUUUUCGUGUAAAUACUUUUUGCCAAUUUACCGCUCAGACACAACAGAGAAACCCCAUCAGUGUACUGUAUAUUUAUUGUACAAUUCCAAACAGAGCCGAGAUAUUGUCCUCUGAUCAUGUUUGUGUCAGAUAGUAGCCUACUGUCAUGGAAGGGAAUGUAAUGUGAUUGAAUUCAUGUUUAACGUCUCUGUGCUGGAAUGAAAAUAUUACAUACUGUAACAUAACCCUUAUAUACUGUAAGGAUUUGUAUAUUAUAUAUGAUGUUAAUCCAGGACCAGAAAAUACCACGUGGUUAUAGGAGGAUUAUUUUUAAAUCACUUUUUCUUUUCCCAGACAGGUGCCUUAGUUCCUAACACUUAAACAAAAGCUCACCCAGUGUCAGACAUUAGUCCAGAGGAGUACGACGAUAUUAUGAGACGGUGCCUGGGCCACAUGAAACACUAAUUACCAAACUGGCCUUUACUAAACAUCCCAUGAGGAGCUCUCAGUUAGUUCACUAUUGAAGGAUUCAUGUUGAAGGAGCAUAUUCUAUGAAGCAGUUUGUUCACUGGCAUCACAGUGCGAUCACUAAUUCUUAGUUCUAAAGACGGAGUAAUCAAAAGUUAUCGUUUGGGUUUCAGCACUGGUGAAAGGAAUAGUUCGACAUUUGCCUUCUUGCCAAGAGUUAGACGAGAAGAUCGAUACCAGUCACUCUCACAUCUGUACUGUGCGAUGAAGCUUUAGCCAAGAGACGUUUAGCUUAGUUAGCAUAGUGACAGAAAACAAGGGGAAACAGCUAGCCUGGCUCUGCUCAAAUGUAUUUUGACUGAGUGGUUGUAGUUUUACGGAGGGUUAUGUGCUGGACUGUUUCUUUACUUGGAGUCUCCAAUGGUUGCCUGGCAGCUUCACGGUUAAGCGCUUGACCCAUCGAUGUCGUCAGGAGAACUGGAUACUGUGUUCAAAGAUGGUGUCCCAUUCAUUCCUAUGAAAGCUGCUCACAGGGCGUAUGAGCCUCAAAAAAGCCAUCAUGUCUUCCUCUUCCACAGAGCAUGCUCAGUAGAGUCCUUCUCCAGCCGAGCCAGUUGCCACAUUUGCCUUCACUGAGAUAGCAAAAGGCUCGAUCCACCCUACUCUGCCUUACUCUGCCUCUGAUUGGCUUACCGUCACAUUCUUAACCUAACACUAACCAAUCUUACUGCCCUUGCCUAAACCUAACCAAAGAAGGCAAUGAGUACUAGCCAAUCAGAAGGAGAGUGGGGUGGGUCAUGCUUUUGCCAUCCUAGAAAAUACAAAUUCGGGCCAGUUGAGAGCACGUUCGGGACUUCUGACAGUGCAGGUCGGCUAUAGGUGACCAAUUUGCGUCAACUCGUGUCCGCCCUGCCUCGCUGGUUGCUUGUGGCUGCAGCUUGAUUGGCUGUCUUGAUGUGAGCACUGUUUAAAUUUUUAAAGUUGUCACACCCUCUCGUUGCGCUGCCAGCUUGGUCUGCAUCCCAGGUAUCCCAGCAUGCAUUCUGCAGUGAAUAAGCCUGGCAGUGAAUUUCUGGUUGCAUACAGUAGUGUAUAGUGGGCAUGCAUCGUGGAGCAGCUGACUUCCUGGUGACUUCUCACUACACCUGAAUUGGAUAAAAUGAUUUAAUUGUACGGCUCUUCAAGACCAAAUGUUAUUGGCCCAAGAAGGUAAGAUUCUGUUGAUAAUAUUAAGUCACAUCGUGGGGGUUUGUGGUGCCUUUAAAUAUAUAUUCACUGUCUUACAGCCAUUUCCAGUGAUUUUGUGUGAGGAAAAUGCGUCUUGGGCCUUUACACAAUGCGUGGAAUGCGUAAGCUGCCAAAAUUGCUUUACAACUACGUUCCUGGAGGCUUUGUCCAGCCAAGUAAUAAUCCAGCAAAUAACCUGACCCUCGAAAUGUUUUACACCUUUGUACAGAUUAAACUAACAAGAUAAAACAAGUUAAUUAGUGAGUUCAGGCUCGGAGGGAGCUCGGAGUAGAGCCGCUGCUCCUUCAUAUCGAAAGUGGUCAGUUGAGGUGGUUCAACAUCUGAUCAGGAUCCUCCUGGGUGCCUCCUGUUA